AUGGUUUACUAUCCGGUGCCCUGGCUGUCGGUGAACCUCUGUGCAAGGAGGGAGAAUGAAGGGGAACUUUCGACUAUCGUACCAUUAACAAUUUAUUAUAGAUUAGUUAAGGCACCGCUAAGCUUUCUAGUGAGAAUUUUCUCUCCAUUCUUCAACAACAAUCUCGAGGAGGACUGGCACCAGUUUUGGAGGACAACGCAGGAAACGGAAGACACUUAUCAUUUUGCCUUUGUCGAAUGGACGACGAAUGAUCAGAGGUGGGUUGUGGUGGGAGUCAGCACGUUUCAUGAUGUAUCCGGUAAAAUUCAUGUCCUCGGUGCGUGUCAGAUGAUGGUCGGUGCAAUGGAGUUAUUAGAAAAAUCACCACCCUACACAUUCAUUGGCAACAUCAAAAAUUUGGCUUUGAAUUUGGCCUCACCUCCUCUUACCCAACGGCAACAACAACUGUUGAGAUUCACAAUCAACUCCAAAUUGUCAACUUCUGACUUCAGCUCAAAGCCAAGUGAAGACUUUUUACUAAACGAAACUAGUGGAGUUUUGACCAGCAAAAAAUCUUUCGAUCGUGAUUGGCUGUGUCCAUUUGCUGACCGGUGCGAGAGCCAAUUAGAAAUUCAGAUAACGCCUAUAGAAUAUUACCAGCUGAUUAGCAUAACUGUCCAGUUGAUUGAUAUAAAUGACCACGCUCCUGCCUUCCAAACCAACCAAUCAUAUCUCACUCUCACUAAUGAUAUGCAAAAAGGUCUACUUUUAAAUAUACCGGAAGCAUUAGAUUUAGACUCAGGCAUUUUCGGCAUACAGGGGUACCAAAUUGUAUCCUCUGACGUAUCAUCAGCUUUCAGCAUUAACGUAACUAAAUUAGGUGAUGGCUCUCUACACCCAGCUUUAAAGCUUACUAAAUCGGUCAGACUUAACAACAACAACAACAACAAUAAUAAUAAUAAUAAUAACAAUAAUAAUAAUAACGAUAACGAUUAUUUUAUAUUUCCGAAAAACUUCCGAAUAGAAAUAGUAGCAUUCGACGGCGGAGAACCGCCUAGAACCGGUUCCCUAACGAUAUACGUUUCGGUAUUGGCCGUCUCGAUUCAGGCCAACGUGGCCCUGUUGAAAUUCGAUUCCGGCUUGUAUAAUAUUAGCGUUGAAGAGGAUGGACCGACUGAUUAUCCGAUAGUUACGGUUUCGGCACAUCUGGUGUACGGAGAUGGCAGUGGAGAUGUGAAAAUCGGCUACUGGAUAGUCGACGAUGGAGUCAACCCGUGCGCUAAAUAUUUCAAGAUUGACUCCAUGAGCGGUCUUAUAACCACAACCAACUUCACGCUCGAUUACGAACUCACGCACCUCUGUUCGUUCAAAGUUUCCGCCUCGCCCAUCUCCCUUGCAUCAUCCCUAAUCUACAACGUCACUACCAAAGUUGUGGUCAACGUUCUAAACUUAGAUGACAAUCCGCCGAUCGUAGCCGUUAUAAAUCCGGUAGGUCAAGGUGAUUUGAAGGUCAAAUGCGGGUCGGAGUCAGGAGUUCAUCUGACGUAUUUAAUGCUGACCGAUCUGGAUGAUGAUGGUUCAAACGAAGGAGGAGGAAAUGAGAAUUCUUGUGUGAUUGAUGGAGAAUAUAUCGCAUCAUCAUCGUCGUCGUCAUCAUCAUCACUUGAAACAUUACCAUCGCUAUCCUUGUUCAGACUAGUAUCCGUAUCUACCGACUAUCGAUUAGUUACAUCCACAAACUUUCCUACUUACCCAUUUCCAUUCCGGUCAAAUAUUACCGUGAACAUUACAUGUAAAGGAAACAACAGUAACGGUUCAAGUACAUCUCUAAAAAUCAAAUUGUCGAUUAUACCGUCAGGUCCGGUAUUCAGUCAAAAAUAUUUGGUGAUUCAAAUCUCAAAUAGCGAUCAAAACCGUAUCGGUUAUCCGGUUGUAACAUCUUUGAAUGUAACCACUAACGAUUCUAAUGUAACACUGCGAUACUCAAUUUUACCUUUGAAUAAUAGCGAUGGGUUGAUCGUAGACUCGAAGCUCGGUAUCGUCUCGGUAAAUAAAGUGUUUACCACUAUUAGUAGUAGCAGCAGUAGUAGUGGUAGUAGCAGUAGUAGUGGUAGUAGCAGUAGUAGCAGCACUUGCUACGCUUAUAAUGUUAGUGUGGCUUACGAAGAAGAUGAUAAAUACAUCGACCGCAUGCAACUCUGUUUGCAGCCACGACCAACAACAGCAACAUCAACAACAACAUCAACAAAUUCAAACACACCAGCACACGCCAACUCUAACAACAACAUAACAUCAACAACAAACAACGUUUCAGACAACAACAGCAGCAACAACAGCAACAACAACAACAACACAUGGGUAAUAAUAACAUCAGUAGUAUGCGGCACAGUUGUUGCUAUCGUCAUCGUUGUGGUCGUCGCCGUCAUCAUAAUUUGCUGCCGAAUUUCAGAACGAAAAGAGAAAGUUAACCUUGCGAACGCGCGUUCAGUUUCUUCCGCUCUGCCCUUGACCUUAGAAACUGGGUCCUACUUAUCUGGGACGAAUUUAAAUGGGCCGUAUUUAUCUGGGUCAUGUCUAAAUGGGUCACUGACCGAUUUUACAAGGCCCGAAAGAGCUGGUUCCGUGACGUUGUCAGAUAGUGAAUUGAUUGUCAGACCGAUAGUGGACGGGGUCAAAGUUUAA